AGAUAUUUUGUACACUGCUUUAAGAUAUAGUCAGGCAAAAAACCUGAAGAUGUGACCCUGGACCCAUCAAUACUAGAGUCCUAACAUCAGUGAGCUGCCUUGUUGAUGACAUUUGUCUACCUUCCAUUAUCUGUUUUAUAAAGGAAUGGUUGAAGGACCGCUUGGAUGAUCUGGACAGCAAAGAGUUUAAGUACUUCCACUGGUACCUUCAUACUUCAGACAAGUCCGAGGUUGAUUUCCCACGAAUCAAAAAGAGCCGUCUGGAACAUGCAGACAGAUUGGACACUGUAGAUCUGAUGUUUCAGAAGUACACCACAAAGACCAAGGAGGUGGCAGACAAGAUUUUCAAGAAGAUAAUUCCAUAUGAAGGACAUGGUUUUAAAAUUUGGCUUCUGGACAAAUUGGAAAACCCGGAUAAGAAGCAGCUGAAGUUAUUCCAGUGGUACCUUCACACUGCAGACGAGUCCAAGGAUGGCUUCAAACCCAUCACAAAAUCUAAGCUGGAUGGUGCAGACAGUCUGGAAACGGUAGAUCUGAUGAUUAAGACGUACACCCCAAACACCAGGGAGGUCACGAAGAAGAUCCUGAAGAAGAUUGAAAGCAAUAAAGACAAAGUUAUACCUGAAACUGAAGAGCAGAUUAAUUCAUCUUCUCCAAGUGAAGAGAAAGAACUCAACAGGAUGCUUCUAGAUUGUUUGAAGAAGGUACCAAAAGAAACCUUUACACAACUCACAGAGGAUCUCAUGAGUGCAAACAUCUUGAAGUCAUCGGACAAGGAUAAAAUCUUUCAAAACCACACCCCAGUUAACAUGGCCACUUGCUUAGUUGACAGAGUGGAGGAAAAUAAAACCUCCAAAAAGCUGAUUGAUCAUCUUCAAACCGAAUAUCCACAACUGUUGUCUGAUGUACAGUCACCUUCUAAACCAGGUCAGUCCACAACUUUCUAAUGACAGCUGUUUCUCUUUUCUUUACUACUAUUGCUAAA